GGUGGCCAUUUUUAAAUUGGCUCCCUGGCACUAUUUCUCAGAAAUCACUAGAGUGACGUACCCUUCUCAUAUAUUUCGUAUGUAGGGUUAUUUCCCUUGGUCCUUUAUUUCAUUAGAGUCUAACACUGGAUAAACAGGAUACAGAUACAGAUGGCCACCAGAGGGAUAAUAAUCUUGAAUUUUGGCAUUUUAAUUUUGUUAUCAUUUUUUUCUCAAGAUUUUCCUUGAGAGAUCUUGACUCAAUUUCAAAUGUUGAAUUUCAUAGCUCAUUUUGAGGCUGCUCACAAAAGCAAAAUGGUCACCAGGCAGCCAUCUUGGAUCCAACAGGUACAAAAGAAACCAGUGGAUCCAAGGAAGAUAAUCAGAUUAAAUAAUAACAUUUAUGAUCCAAGGGAGAUAAUCAGAUUAAAUAAUGACAUACAAGGAUCCAAGGGAGACAAACCAUGAUGUAGGAUUCAAGUGUCAAAUUUUAAUGUGAGAGGUCUAGGGAGUAUAAUUGAGGAAAGCAAUGUCUUAGGGGGAUAUACCUUAUAUCAAGUGUUUACUACCAAGGGAGAUAAUCAGAGAAAAUCCUGAUGUGCGAGAUCAAAGAUGUUGCUGCAGUGCCAAGAAUCUGUAUUCUUGUUCUGUCUGGGUUACCUGGAAGUGGUAAAUCUUCCCUGGCUAGAUACUUAAAGACUGGUCAUGUCAGAUCAUCUGGUGAAAAAGAAACUGUUACAGACAUUUGUAACCCUACUCACAAAGUUAAAUCAGUGUCAAGUGAAUCACAGGGGCAAUCAGAGGAUGGAACAUCAUUCGACAAUGAGGUGGCUUAUGACAGAAAGAAAGACAAUUUGUAUGUGCUUCUUGUAUCUUAUGAUGAUUUGAUACCAGAGGACAGAGAGGUUAAAAUGAUUCAAAGCAGUGUUGAACUGGAAUGGAAGGAAUCUCGAGAGAAGAUAAUUACUUGUGUUGAAAGUCUGGUGCGUGGUUUGUUGUCAAAUAUACAGUUGAAAAAUAUGGACAAGCCAAUUGAUGAUGAUGCUUUGUGGGAAAGAUUUUGUGAUGUCAUUCAAACACAGGAAGAUAGUUUUACAGAAACUAAGGGAGAUAAAUCCAGGUCAUAUGUUGUAGUGAUUGAUGACAACAUGUACUACAGGAGUAUGAGAUAUAAAUAUUUCCAGCUGGCUCGGAAAUAUGAGCAGGGUUUCUGCCAGGUACAUCUUCAAUGCACAAAAGAGAUAGCCAAGGAACGCAACAAUAAAAGGAAUGUCAGGAGAGUUCCGGAUGAGGUCAUUGCUACAAUGGCAACCAAAAUGGAAGUGCCAGAUUCAUCUGUUUCUCCCUGGGAAAAACAUUUUAUAACAUUAAAAUGUUCUACAAAUUAUCAAAGCCAGCUGGGCAACCUUGACAGACUAGUACAGUCAGCUAUGUCUGACCCUCCAAGGUCAGUCCUGGAGGAUACUGAGGGCAGGGAGGAAAGUCAGCAGAUCUGUUCUGUUAAUCAGCUUCAUCAGGCUGACCAGAUACUCCGCAAACUUGUUGGUAGUCGGAUCAAACGGACAGGUGCUGCUAUGUCACAGCAGGCACGGGGCCAGUUUGCCAAACUUUGCAGCGUUUUAAAAUCACAGAUCCUAAAGGAGCUGCGAGGUGGGAACAUUCUUGUACCAACAGACAUUCCAAUAAUGGAUGCCUCAAAGAUGGAGGAUUCCCUAUUCUAUAAAUUUGUGGAAGCCAUUUUCAUCACCAGAUUACAGGACAGUGGAUAUUGAUGGAACUUUAAUGAAUUUGUUAGAUCAAUUGAUUUGUAUGUGGUACUGUUUGUAAUUAAAAGUAUUUCUGUUUGAUAAUCAUGUUUGAUUUCAUUAACCAUGAAAUUAUUGAUUUGUUUAAACAGGGCAGGAAGUAUUCUUGAAAUUAGUUCUCCACAUAUAUGUUGGGAAGUCAUAGAGGUCUGUCUCAGGUUUGUACAUGUCACAACCUCU